AUGAACGACUUUGACGAGUGCGGCCCGAGCGCAGCCAGCAUGUACCUGCCGGGCUGCGCCUACUACGUGGCCCCGACGGACUUCGCCAGCAAGCCGUCGUUCCUUUCGCAGCCGUCCUCCUGCCAGAUGACUUUCCCUUACUCGUCCAACCUGGCGCCGCACGUCCAGCCCGUGCGGGAGGUGGCCUUUCGCGACUACGGCCUGGAGCGCGCCAAGUGGCCGUACCGUGGCGGCGGCGGUGGCGGCGCGGGGGGCGGCGGCGGGGGCGGCCCCGGCGGGGGUGGCGGCGGCUCCGGGGGCUACGCUCCCUACUACGCCGCGGCGGCGGCGGCGGCAGCGGCGGCGGCAGCGGCGGAGGAAGCGGCCAUGCAGCGGGAUCUGCUCCCGCCGGGCGGCCGCCGGCCAGACGUGCUCUUCAAGGCUCCCGAGCCGGUGUGUGGCGCUCCCGGGCCGCCGCACGGUCCCGCGGCCGCCGCCUCCAACUUCUACAGCGCCGUGGGUCGCAACGGCAUCCUGCCCCAGGGCUUUGAUCAGUUCUACGAGGCGGCGCCGGGACCCCCCUUCCCCGGCCCGCAGCCCCAGCCCGCGCCCGCGCCGCCGCCGCAGCCCGAGGGCGCCGCUGACAAGGGCGACCCCAAGGCCGGGGCUGCUGGCGGCGGGGGCAGUCCCUGCGCCAAGGCGACUCCCGGCUCGGAGCCCAAGGGGGCGGCGGAAGGCGGCGGUGGCGAAGUCGAGGGCCCCCCGGGGGAGGCGGGGGCCGAGAAGAGCGCAGGCACAGUGGCCCCCCAGAGGUCCCGGAAAAAGCGCUGCCCCUACACCAAGUACCAGAUCCGCGAACUGGAACGCGAGUUUUUCUUUAAUGUAUACAUAAACAAAGAGAAAAGACUCCAACUCUCUCGGAUGCUCAACCUCACUGACCGGCAAGUCAAAAUCUGGUUCCAGAAUCGCAGGAUGAAAGAAAAGAAACUGAACAGAGACCGUCUGCAGUAUUUCACGGGAAACCCCUUAUUUUGA